AUGGGACGAAAUACCACCUACACGUACAAUAAGAAUGGACAAGUCCUAACAAAAACAGACCCUAAAGGCAAUAAAACAGAAAACCUCUAUGACCCAAUGGGCAGAGUGGUCGCUGUUAAAGACGCUAACGGUGGAGUAACCAGAAAAACGUUGGAUCGAGUGGAGAAAUACGAGUAUGACCUGCUUGGCCGAGUUGUUUCUGAAACUGACCCCAACGGAAAUGUAACAAGAAAAGUCUAUGACAAGAGGGGAAAUGUAUCUAAG